AACCGUUGCAUGAUGUCACACGAUAUAGACUACACCUCCAUGCUCCUCUCCAAUAAAAAGACGGCGAGAAGGGCAAUUUGCAUAAUAGCUGAUGUAUGUGUUUUGACAAUCCAGCAGAGGUUGAAUGUAGAAUGUAGCCCACAUUUUUUUUUUUACAUAGACCUGCAGACAUAUUGUACACGUUUUCUAGGCUACUGUGGCCUACUUCUUUAUUUAAUUUGUGCAUACGUUUCUCUUUCCUUCACACUUUCCCUCGCCAAUUGAUGUAUUAAAAGUGUUUAUUUUGAAAGACCAUUUUGAAAGACCAUUUAGGAACUGAUGCUGGAAUGCAAAGCAUCUGAGGAUUAAAUAGCCUAUGUUAAUUCUGUAGGCUAUAUGUCCAUAUAUAUAUAUAUAUUGUAGUCAAUAGGGCUAGUAAAUAAACCUUUUUUUCGCCCUAAAUUACCAUAUGACUUUCCAUAUGAAUAACAUAAAAGCGUCACGGUUAUAUUUGGACAACGGUGCUUAUAUUUAAGGGGAAGUUCAUUCUGCAAAAAGACAAUUAAGAAUUCUAAUAGAGCUGUUGUGCUUUUUGAAUAAUGCACCACCACCCAUAAUAAACAAAUAGCCCAUCCUAUCUCUAAUCCAUGAGUAGCCCAUUGAAAAUAAGUGUUUAUAUUCCACUUGCAUGUGUUAUGAUUUCUCCUUACAUUAUAUGAAAAGCACAAAGGCUUGAUCAUAGAGCUAUAGGUUCAUUCUAAAUAACUGUAUUUCUAUGGGGUUUCUCCUGAGAAUGGGCAACCAAAUGUUCUAUUCAUGGAUCUAUGCUGACCCCUUGAGGUGAUAUGAGGUAAAACUUCAUUCUUGCCCCUCAGUGUGUACUGAACUGUGAAUGAAAACUAGUUGUCUGAUAGCUACCCCGCUCUUUUGAAAUUGAAACAAAAUGUGAAUGUUGGCUUUUUUAUAGUGACCUUGCCAAAAGAAUGUAAAGAGCAUGCACAGUAGCCUAUACCAAGUAAGUAUGAUAAUGGUGGCUUGUGAUUUUCUCAGCACAUCACAUAUUGUACUUUCUUGUAGCCUUCUCUCCCUCGGUUUGUGUAUGUGUGUGUUUAUACAUAACAUCUAUCCAACAUGGUCAGAGGGUGCUGCUGGGCACUGGUUAUUUGGUAAACAUACAGGCUUCUAAUGAAAUGAGUAGUUUUUUUCAGACCAGUGACAUUAAAGGAACAUGGAGAAAAUGGGAAGCAGCAUAAACAGAAAAUCAAUGGCCAGACUGCACAAGGCUAAAGUUAUGAUUGCUGGAGAACAACUGAGGUUGAGGCUGCAUGAUGGCAAACUGAUCAAGGAUCGACGGUACCAUCUGCGCACUUACCCCAACUGCUUUGUAGCCAAAGAGCUUACAGACUGGUUAAUCAGCAACAAGGAAGCUCCCGAUCAGGUCACAGCGGUCUGCCUCAUGCAACACCUGAUGGACCAUGACAUUGUGCACCAUGUUUGUGACAAGCACCCUAUAUUCAAGGAUGCAAAAUUGCUGUACCGUUUCCGUAAGGAUGAUGGCACAUUUCCAUUUAACACCGAGGUGAAGGUCUUCAUCCGAGGACAACGAUUGUAUGAGCAUCUAAUAACAGGCAGAGACUCCAUUCUGCAACUAAGGGAGGAGCAGGGUGUUGCAUACCAGCGCUCCAUCCCUGGCUGCCAGUUGAUGGACUGGUUGUUACAGAAUGGAGAGACGGAGAGUAGGCGCCAGGGUUUGGAGUUCUGCCGUGCUUUGCUAGAGCAUGGCAUCAUUCAGCAUGUGUCAAAGAAGUACGACUUCUUUGACAGUAGAUUACUGUAUCAGUUCUGCAUCAAUUUUCGCCGCCGGCGCCACCUGUCUGAGCUCUUGAAUGAAACUGAUCGAGACAAAAAGGAAGGUGCAUCAGUGCAUGCACUGGAGGACAACCAUGCCGACAGCCCCUUUGUCCUGCCCAAGAUCCCCCCACAAGAGGAAAGCAGUGGUUUUCAAUCUGCAGUGCAGCCCAAUAAACCAUUGAAGAUGAUACCCAAUGUGCAUCAGGCCAAUUUGAACUCUCUGCAGCUACAUGCUAGUGGAUAUUUACCCCCUGCCACACUCUCCUCUGCCCCAGUGGUGAGAUGCAAUCCAAAAUCAGUGCUUAAGAGGAAUGUAACAUGUGAGGAGCUACUGUCCCCUGGUGCACCCUUCAUCAAGAGAGUGUUGACGGUGAUGGGAGAUGCAGUGGGCUGGGGCUUUGUGAUCAGAGGUGUGGCUCCAGUUUACGUGCAGGCAGUCGAUCCUGGAAGCCCUGCUGCUGCUGCAGGGGUUAAGGUGCGUCAGUUUGUGUGCCAGGUGAAUGGGCGGAGCGUUCUUCACCUGGAUUACCGCCAGGUCACCAGGUUGGUGAUGACCGGACCUCACACUGUUGUGUUGGAGGUCAUGGAACCACUGGGGUGACUUGGAGUCCCUUCAAAAUCUUCCAAAAUCAGCCUCCAAAAUCUCCUAAACUAACUCCACUAUUGUGUGCUGUGUGCCAAAUGGGAAAGUUGUGGUAUCUUUGGCUGCAUUUAGACAGGCAGCCCAAGGAUGAUCUUAUCCACUAAUUGGUCUUUUGACCAGUAAAAUCAGAUCUUUUCACAUCAGAGUUUUUCCAGCGCAGAUCUGAUUCGUCAAAUGAUCAAUUACUUAAAAAGAUUAGAAUUAGGAUGCCUGUCUAAACCCAACCCUUGUAGCCUACAAAAAGAUCUGUAAACUACUUCCAAUUUCUUAGGAGUCUUGAAAUAAAAAUUAUCCCAGUGCAUGGCUUUGUUGUUGAGCUCUGGAUAGCUGAGUUGUAGAUUCAGCCUGUUAAAUAUUA